GACCCGCACUGUCAGCACAGGCAGAUGUCAGGUGAUCACCGACUACUGCGCGUAGGUUGGACUGUAAGAAAACACAAAAUGACAUUUUGUAAAUACAAGAGCAUCAUUUUGGGAUUACGCAUGGCUGGGAAAUGCACCGUGUGCUAUCAGCUCAUGUGAUGAUGCGCUAAAUAACUGGGAAUAGAGCGUUUGUUGUGUAUUUAUGCUCAAAUAUCAGCAGUGAGCGCCUGGCCACAUCAUGGGGCUGUGUUACAGUCUGCGUCCCCGCUUGUUUGGGGACCUCAGUGGGUCCAUUUCCAACGCCAACUCGGAGUCAGAUCACCAGCCUCCGGAUCCCGGGAUGAUGAUGAUGCCGUCGUGCGUCCGGGGCUCCAGGCAGCGAGACGAGGACUCUGGGGGGAACAGAGGGAAGACAUCAUCCACCUCCCCUUUACGCGCCGGGGACGCCGGCAAGAUCCCGGCCGGGGAGCUCCGCCGUGGAGACGCGGACAGAGCGCUCAUCCAGAACGGAGGAGGAGGAGGAGGAAAGAGGAGGCUGCAGCUGCUCCAGACUCCCAGCAGCGCCCAGAAACACAAGAACUGGGACAAACUGGUGGUGGUGGAGGAGAAGGAGGCCGAGAAGGAGGCCAAGAAAGUCAGUAAGAACAUUGACAGGGCCUUGAAGGAACUCAAACGGGAAUAUAAACAGACGCAUCGGCUGCUGCUCUUAGGUGCUGGGGAAUCGGGGAAAAGCACUAUUGUGAAGCAGAUGAGAAUUCUUCAUGUCAACGGGUUUAAUGCGGAGGAAAAGAAACAGAAAAUUCAAGACAUUCGCAAAAAUGUGAAGGACGCCAUCGUGACCAUAGUGUCUGCAAUGAGCACUUUAAUACCACCCGUCCCACUCGCCAAUCCAGAGGACCAGUUUAGGAUCGACUUUAUCAAAAGCAUAGCGCCGCUCUCUGACUUUGAUUACACACAGGAGUUUUUCGAUCAUGCGAAGAAGCUCUGGGAUGAUGAAGGCGUUAAGGCAUGUUAUGAGCGCUCCAACGAAUAUCAACUAAUUGACUGUGCGCAUUACUUUCUUGACCGGAUUGAUGCAGUGAGACAAAGUGACUAUACUCCAACAGACCAGGACUUGCUUCGCUGCAGAGUGUUAACAUCAGGGAUUUUUGAGACGCGAUUUCAAGUUGACAAAGUCAACUUUCAUAUGUUUGAUGUGGGAGGUCAGAGAGAUGAAAGGAAAAAAUGGAUUCAGUGUUUUAAUGACGUCACAGCGAUCAUCUUUGUGGUAGCAAGCAGCAGCUAUAACAUGGUCUUGAGGGAAGACAACAACACGAACAGGCUACGGGAAGCACUUGCUCUUUUUCGCAGUAUCUGGAACAACAGAUGGUUACGGACAAUUUCUGUCAUAUUGUUCCUAAACAAACAAGACAUGCUGGCAGAGAAAGUAUUAGCUGGGAAAUCCAAAAUUGAAGAUUAUUUCCCUGAAUAUGCUUCAUACACUUUGCCUGAUAAAGUAACUCCUGAACCCGGUGAAGACCCCAGAGUGACAAGAGCCAAGUAUUUCAUUCGGGACGAGUUUUUGAGGAUCAGUACAGAAAGCGGAGACGGCCGUCACUACUGUUACCCCCAUUUCACAUGUGCAGUGGACACGGAAAACAUCCGCCGGGUCUUCAACGACUGCCGAGACAUCAUCCAGAGAAUGCACCUGCGGCAGUACGAACUCUUGUGAUCUUACUUCAGCUCUUUAUGAACGUGUCUCCAAACUCCCCCUGCCCUCAUAACUCACGAGGCCAAAACCGCAGACGAAUAUACUACUGACGUUUGGCGCACCAUCCUUCGGUUUUUAGGAGUUUUAUUUUAACUCAUGAUUCGGGGACAAAGAGGCUUGCUGACCCCCCCCCCCCCCCCCCCCAAUGUUUUUAUUUGGAUCGCCUUUAUUUUUGCCAUUCCAUGAAGCCUCUGGCUACCUCCUUAUUUUUUAUUCAAAUAAAAAAUGAUAUCAUCGUGUAUAUAUGUAUACGUGCUGGCGCCUGCCAGAUUAUGAAGAUCGCAUCACCUUGUGACCUCCAGGAAUCCUAGUCUCGCACCUCGAACCUUGAUCUUCUGGCCUACAGGGCUCUCUGCUGCUCUUUCUCUUUCCGAACACUGAAGAUCGCCCGCGGACAGAAGUGGGGACGAGGAGGCGGACUCGGGGGUUUGUCGAACACUGGGAAAGCGAAGUGAAGUAAUGCACUUUUCCAUCAGGUUUUGACUGACGUUUUUCUUUACAAAGAUGGACACACAAUGUAGCAUCACAUCAUGAAUUUCUGUCCCACUUAAGGCUGCGGACAGGUCAGAGAAUGGUGGGAGUGACCACGCCCUUUUUAUGUGAAAGAGGUGGAGUCUUUGAAAUGAGGAGGAGGGCUCUGUCAAGAGUUGAGGAGGAGGAGGGGCUACGGGAACAUUGCUGAAGCCUCGGUUUGGUUUUGGGAACAUGAUGGCGAAACAUCUGCGAAAAGAAACGCCCUGUUUUUUAUUUUAGUUUCUUAACUUGUACAGACUGUGCAAGGGUGAUUUUUUUUUUUCUUUCCUGUACAGACUAUAAAAUGUUAUAUUAUUUUGUACAACUUUAUUGAAAGAGAGUAAAAAAUCUACUUGUAGAUCUUUGUGCCUUGAUUAUGGCUGUACCUGUAAAUGAAGCUGAUACAUAUGUUUUUGACUGCGCUGUACAGCUUGAUGUCACCCCCGUCAGCAGAAGGGACUGUGGAUGGGGACCUACUCUGUAGAGUUAGUUUCUUUUUUCGGUUAUUUGUUUGUUUUUCUGCUUUGUUUAUAUAAAAAGAGAAAUCAUUAAAAAAAAAUAUAGGAAAGAAAAAUCUUAACCUGUAUACAUUAUGCAAAUUGACCCCCUUACCUGCGGUUAUGAUCAGACGAAACAGCACCAUGCCUUUCUUCUCAUUUUUGUUUUCCAUUUAAUUUCAAUUCUAAACCUUAAAAAAAAAAAAAAAAAAUUGAAGUGUCCAAAAUCACAACCUGGUGUUGUUUUCAAAGACCUUUUUGGAUAUGAAGUAUGACUGAGAAAUAUAUCCACGUUUGUGUCUGUGAGUGCGUGUGUGUUCACGAACAGGAGACAAACAAUGAGCCACAGAUGCAUGACAUUUGUGUUGUGUGUGAGUGUGCGUGCGCGCGUGUGUGUGUGUGUGUGUGUGUGUGUGCAAGAGUGCAUUGUGUGCACUCUUUUAUAAAUGUGCGUACAUGUAAAUUUAUAGGUCUAUAUAAAUAUAUAUGUACAAUUCUACAUGUUUAAUUAUGUGUGUGUUGGCGUAUACAUACUUUAGUAUGUAUACAGUGAAGAUGUGUACUUACACACAUAGGUAAGCAUGUCUAGAGUGAAAUGAAUAAAUGAGAGUGCAAUAUUGAAAGCAACUGUGCGUGUCCGACGAUUUUCACCAUACACCAUACAGACUGAAAGUCAUUUCUUUAAUGUUAUGUGAUAUCAGUUUAUAAUUGGACAGAAGUCUGAUUUAUAAUACACGCAUCCAAAUAUACUCUUAUUUUGUAAAGCAGAACUUCUAGAUGUUUUUAUAUUUAUUCAAGGUUUUUUUUUUUCUUUUAUCUGCUGAACACCCUUGGCAGUCCUAAUUUGUUUUGCUUUUACCAAAACUUUUCAAACCAUGUGAUGCACAAAACAAAACAAAUUAUGUUACACAUGCAAAUUUUGUUUGACAAAAUUUGUGUUUGUAUUUAAUGUUCAAACACAUUUAAUAUAUAUUAGUAUUACUCCAGUAAAUCGCAAAACUUUUUAAAUCUGUAAAUACUAUGUGCUUAAAGUCAUGUUGCACAAGAAAUACUUUUUAAAAUAAACCUUCUAAAGUCAUUAAA